AUGGAAUCUCUGACUCCAUCUCCAAACAUAGUAGAUGUGAAUCUGAAGAUAACUCAUAUAGAAUGCCAUCCUGAAUGCUUGGUUAUAGUAUUCCAGGGUCAAUGCAAGGCAGGAUGUGAGCUUGAUUAUUACAUACUACAAAAUGAAAUACAACGUGUAUUCAAAGUAAAAGAUAAUGUUUACAUUGGUGGACCUUGUUUGGUGGAAGACACAGAAGGAAAAUGGCAUAGAGGAAGAGUUCUGGAAAAGAGACACAAUAUCUGUGAGGCUUUUCUUAUAGACACUGGGCAAGUGUUAGUGGUUGAGGAAAUGCAUCUUGCUUCUGCUUCUGAUGAAUUGUUUCGGCUGCCUCCAAAGAUGGUUUUGGGUGUUUUUGCAAGCAUUCUUCCUCUUGGAGAAAAAUGGUGUCCAAAAGCCAUUAACUAUUUUUCAUCUCUGGUAGGAUUACAUAUUACAGGUCAUGUGAAAGCCGUUAUACCAUACCAACUGUUUAUUUUAGAAGUGCCAAAGGUCGUUAGUGAUAUUCUUGAACUGCAGUUAGGAAAAUUUAUUGACGAAGAUUCAUUUUGUCUUAUUGUCAAAACAUUGAGAGCAUUUCCCCAAGAAAUGCUUUGUAAGAGAGUACCACAGUUGUUGCAAAAGAAAUGUUCAGUGAAGGAGUUGCUUAGUUUCAGUAAUUCUGGGAAACCAACAGAGUUUUGGCCGGUUCCAGGUGAUCUUUUUCCACGUCUACCUGUUGGCAGUAAAGAAAAUGUAAAAAUAACUGUUGCAGUAAGCCCAAAUAAAUUUUACUGUCAGAUACAGAAAUGGCAGAAAGAGUUGGAAGAUUUGACGGGAGCUAUGCAUUUGUACUAUGAAGCUGUCAGUACAGAAAAUAAUAAAUCUUUUGAUAGUUUAGGGCUACUCUGUGCUGCCAAAAGGCAAAAUGGACAAUGGCAUAGAGGAGUGAUAAAACAGCUUCUCGCUGACAGUGUGGAAGUCUGGUUUAUGGAUUUUGGCGAUACUGAAGCUGUGCCAUCUAGUUGCAUUCAGAAACUUAAAGUAGAGUUCAUGGCGUUACCGAUGAUUUCAUUUCCAUGUGCGCUGUCUUGUUUUGAUAGUCAGGAUGAAACAGUAAUAAAAAUUCAGCUGAAAGAACUUAUACAGGCCUUGAUAGGACAAACUUCUGUAUGUGUCCAUGUUGAUUUAUUCAGUGACGUUAAGCACUUGUAUUAUGUUACGCUGCAAAAUCAAAAUCUUGGAAUUAAUGCUAGGCAUCCAGAAAACCUGAAUGAGGCAACUGCAUUAUGUGUCUCGCUUUCGGACGCAAAAAUUCCAAGUAUUGCUGUGAACUACAAACCAUUUGAUGAGAGAUACAAUUCAUUUAAGAAUUGUACUGGAAAUAAACAUACAAAAAACUGCAUACGUGAAUGGGAUAUUUCUUUGUCAAGCUACUGCAAAACAGUAGAAAUGCAAAUGAAUUCUUUCCAUAAUGCUUUUGUGGUGUAUGUUGUAAAUCCGUCUGACUUCUGGAUUCAAACAUGUGACUAUCAGAAUGAAUUUCAAACUUUGAUGAAAAGUAUUACAGAUGCAUAUAACCGAUGUAGAGCUGAUGAAAUGAUCCUUAAAAACCCAGAACCUGGAUUGCUGUGCUGUGCCCGAUACAGCAAAGACAUGCGUUAUUAUCGGGCUGUUGUAAUUGAAGUGCUUAAUGUAAACAUUUUUGUUUAUUUUUUGGACUUUGGAAAUACAGAUACAGUACCCUGUCAUGAUGUGAAAACAUUGCUCCCUGAGUUUUCUGAUUUACCAGCUUUAGCUAUGUGUUGUACACUUGCUCGUACGUUUCCCAUUGAUGGUGUGUGGGUUAAAAAGGACACUGAUUUCUUCAAAGAUAUAGUGUUUAACAAAGUACUCAACCUUCAAGUGGUUGGAAAGCGAAACGACAAAUACAUUGUUAAUGUGCAGUGUAAGAAUGCUUUGCAGCACGGAAAUGUUGCCACAUGUAUGGUUCAAGCAGGAUAUGCUGAAUACUGGGAAAAGGCACCAGAUUCUGUUCUAAAUUUGGCAAAAAAAAGUCAAGCCUUAGGUCCCCACAAGUUGAAGAAAAAAAAAAAGACAGGCUCACUUAAUUGUUCUGAAGAAGUGGGUAGACGUUUUAAAGACUUAAUUUCUGCUUCUAGAGGACCACUGACUUGUGUCAUUUAUGCUCUUAUUCUUAUAGGCCCCAACUCUUUAUGUAAUAUAGUUGACUUACAGACUCCAUUUGUUAGUGCAGAGGAAUUCCUUGGAGAACAUGGUCUCACCCAGUCUGAAUUUAUUGGUCUGAGAAAUCUUGCAGCUUUAGGUACUCUAUACAGUUUUUGCUACUCAUCUUUUAAUGUAAAAAUCAGAAGUGAGGAAGAAGUUUAUAUAACUUACAUAAAUAGUCCUUCAAAGUUCUAUUGUCAGCUUAAUCGAAACACUGAAACUAUAGAAGCAUUGAUGGAGAAGGUUAGUGUCAUAAGUAAAAUGUCAAAUGAUGCAAAAUACGAUACCGGCAAUACACGAUUAUGUAUUGCCAGAUAUUUUGAAGAUGGUCUCUUUUAUAGAGCUUUGGCUUUUCCUGUGGAAUCGACGUCCUAUCUAUGUGCUGACUUUGUGGAUUUUGGAAAUAAGAAUAUGGUAGAGAGAGACCAGUUGAUGCCUAUUCCAGACUCUGCCACUGACCUACUAUUCACACCCAUGCAAGCUAUUAAAUGCUGUCUGUCAGAUCUCAGGGAGACAAGAAUUCCAGCAAGAGUUACUAGAUGGUUUAAGGAAACAUUCCUUGGUAAACUGCUGAAGGCUCUAAUUGUAUCCAGAGAAUCAGAUGGACAGAUUAUUGUGGAGUUGUAUGAUGGGCAGCUCAAAGUAAGUCAGAAAAUUAAAGAAAAAAUAUGGGAAGAAUUGGCACUGAAAAAUGGCACAGAACAAUUUGUUGGAAGUAAUGGAAGAGUGAUGCGUCACAUGGAAGAUGACAAAAAAAUUAACAAAGUAGCUGUUAAAAAUCCUGAGAAAGUUAAAUUGAAAACUGAAGUGAAAUGCCAACUGUAUGAUAAGUAUUAUCAGUCAGGUAUUGGACAGAAUUUUGAAGAUGAAGAGCAAACUGCACAUAGCACACAAAAGUUGUGUAGUGGGUCCUCAAACCCACUAACUUUACAGGACAGUGAAGAACCAGGUUUUAGAAAUACUCUCAGUGCUGUUCUGGAGGACAGAGAGGAACCUCUGGUUGGAGAGCCCGCUUCUCCAUCACUCUGUCAUCCUGCUUUAAGUUCAAAGGAAGUAACUGUAAAUGCUCUCUCUGAAUCUCAUUAUGAAAGACUAAAUUUUCUUCCUCAACGUGAUAUUCAGGUGAAUUCUGAAGUAGCAGGGUAUAUUUCUCAUAUGAAUAGUCCAUCAAGUUUCUAUGUUCAGCUUGCAGAGGAUGAAAACUUAAUAAUGCAACUAGCAGAAGAAUUAAAUGAAAGUGUGGUGAAUAUGGGUUGUGAAAGUUGCUUAGAUGAGCUCAUGGUAGGGGAUCUCAUUGUAGCAGAGCAUGAAACUGAUUGUUUUUACUAUAGAGCAGUUGUUAAAACUCUGAGAUCAGGAAACUCCUUUGAAGUAGAGUUCAUUGACUAUGGUAAUGCAGCAGUUGUAAGUCCUUCAAAAAUCUGCAGGAUUCAGAAAAAGUUUUUAACCUUGCCGAGGCUCAGUGUUCAUUGUUUCCUUAGCAGAGUAAAAAGUGUGCCUGGUGAAGGCUGGACUAAUAAAAUUACUUCCUAUUUUGUGAGCAAAAUAAAUAACAAGGCAGUUGCUUGCAAGUUCUUACAGCAACAUGGAGAGCAAUGGGAAAUAGAUGUGAUUUGUGAUGGGAAGUCUAUGUCUAAUGACCUUCUGCAGAAACAAGGUAGGGCAAGGUGGCAAAAAACAACUGUCCAUAAUCAGGAAAAUAGGUCAAAACAAAAUCUCGUUACAAAUGGUAAUCUACAAGAUAGAAAAUCAAGAAAUGGUUUAGGUGGUCAAAGUGAAACUAAGGCUGUUAACGUGAAAAAAACUUCCAAAACAGCAUUAAAUGUCCUUCCUCAAGAUCUAAAUUCUGGACAGGUAGAAGGAGCAGAAGUAACUAAUGUUGCAGAGUGUGGAGAACUUCAUGUACAGUUACUUAGAAAUUCGCAGAUAUUACAUGAGUUAAAUGUAAUGCUUGUCAAAGAAGCACAAAGAAGUGAUUUGCUUAGAGUGGAUGACAUUGAAUUAGGAUUGGAAUGCAUGACGAAAUCUGAGAGGAACUUGAAGUGGUAUCGAUCAAAAGUGAUAAAGAAAUUCGUUAAUGAGAAGUUAAUGCUAGUUUUUUUCAUGGAUUAUGGCAAUUGUGAGAUGGUGUCCUUAACUAAUGCAAAGAUGCUCAGUGAUGAGAUCAGAAGUAUUCCUAAACAAGCUGUAUUUUGUAAAUGGGUUUGGUUUAAAAAACUGAAGAAAAUUCCAUUUGUCCAUGUAGUAAAUGCACUCCUGGAUCAUGAAAUAAGGAUCUUGUUUUUGAGAUAUUUGGAAUCCUCUCAUAUCUGGGAAGUAGAUAUUAUAGUAGGGGAAAUUCUACUUCAGGAGUAUUUGAACCAGCUUUUAAGUCAUUGUGGGACUAUUGCUGGACGAGAAAAAUCCAGUGAUACAGAUUGUAAGGAGUUUGAUACAUCAUUCAAGAUAAAUUCAAUCCCAUGGACGCUGCUGCAGAGUGGCAGAAAGUAUCCUGGGUUUGCAACUGCAGUUACUGAUCCUUCAAACUUCUGCAUCCAGUUUGAAAUCUUUUUUGAUUGCAUGAAAAACUUGUCUUUGCUUCUCUCUGACCUUCCUGACAGCUUGCCAACUUUGCCAGAAGAACUUGUGGCUCCUGGUGCUAGCUGCUUGAUCGAAUUUGGACUGGAAGCACAGUGGAACAGGGCAGAAAUUAAUGAAGUAACAAGUCAGUCUGUUGUUCUUACAUUGAUUGAUUAUGGGUUUUUGAAGAGCAUCCCUUGCUCUGAUAUCCAUAAACUUAAAGUUAUUCCGGAAAGUGUGUCUUGUAUACCACGCUUGGCACACUCUUGCUCUUUACAUGAUACCAUUCCUGCCCUGGGGGAAUACUGGAGUGAUGAAGCUAAACUUCUGUUUCAGAAACUUCUUAGUAAACCGGAUCUGGUAUUUCACUUUAAACACUAUGGUUCUGAAAUGAAAUUAGAGGUGGAUGUUCUGUAUGAGGAGCACAGUCUAGCUCAUGACUUAGUUGCUGCUGGCCAUGCAGUCUACUCUAGAAGUAAGUGCUGCAUCAUUCCGGUUAACACAAUUAAAUCAGAAAAAAUAGAUUUGCAGCCAAAGUGUCCAAAUUCUAGUUACUGUGCUUCCCUUUGUGAACUAGAUUACAAUUCUGACAAAAACUCAUAUUUUGGUGGCAGAAAUAAAUCAAAUGAAACAAAAAAAAGUAUCUGA